GCAGCCCCAGGUCCCUUGCUGCCCUCUCCCAGCCAGACCUGGAGAAGCUGGUAUGAACCAGGAUCUCUGCUCUUUCUUCGGAGCAGCUCGUGGCAAGAUGUUUCGCCAUCCUAGCUGGUGUUGCAGCUCGGGUUGGUAUUGAAGGACACAGGAAGGGGCUGGAUCAGCUGAGAGGUUCUGGCUGGAUGCUGGGAGGAGGGGAGGCAGGAAAGGGGUUGAAUAAAGAACCAAGGGACCAGAGACUGAGCAUCUCCUGGCAGUGACGGAGGGGGCACAGGAGGCAAUAUUGCCUGCCCUACAAUCCAGGAGCCCAGGCUGAGCAGCUGCUUCACCCCCGGCACAGGCUGCACCGAGAAGAGACCUUUAUUAGAGGGGGGACUUCCUCUGGCGGCUGCAAUCAGCCCCCAGGGUAGCCCGGGACACCAGCUCCUGACCCGGAGACUCCAGGAGCAGUAGUGCUGUUAGGAGCUGAUCCAGCUGCAGGAAGACUAAUGCUAGGAGAGGGACAGUGACACUAUGUCCCAGACCAAGGGAGAGAAGACAGAAAGAGAGAGCCAGGCUGGACGGGGCAGCAGGAGCAGGCAGUGGGGAGGGAGUUGACCAGCUCCAGCCUGGUCCAGGCCCCUUCCCUGCAGCCACUCUGGGCAGAGUCACUGUCCUGUGACCAAGGCAACAGAAUAACAGCUGUGUUCGAGCCCAGAUCAUCCCAUCCUUGUGGCAGACGGGGAAGGGAAAUGGCUGCAGCAGGUUCAGCUCAGGGUCCAGUGACCUUCAGGGAGGUGGCCCUGUAUUUCACUGAUCCCAGUCAGAGAGCUCUCUACAGGGAAGCCAUGCAGGAGAACCAUGAGAGCGGCUCCCUUCCGGGAACAGGCUCUCCGGUUCCCCAGCCAGAGGCAGUCUCCCAGCUGAAAUUAGAAGAAAACCCAUGGGUCCAGGACCUCCAGGGCUGUGAGGUGAGGGAGAUCCCCAGCAGUGCCUGCACAGAUGAGGGGACAGUGAGCAAGAAUGAAGAUGAGGGCCCUGAGCAUGCAGAGCCAGACAAGCUGUUGUCGGGAAGCUCCAAAGGGGACAUUUCCCAGUGCCUUGAGGAGGAUCAGGCUCGCGAGAGUCCUCGGGGGGAAAACCAGGCCUGCCUAAGGGAGUCUUUCUUGACGUCUCGCACUGAGGCCCUAACCCACAAGAGCCUGCGCCCCCGGGAGAGGCCCAGCCCCUGCCAGGACUGUGGGAAGAGUUUCCAGCAGCGGGUCAACCUCUUGGCCCACCAGCGCAGCCACACGGGCAAGAGGGCUCACCCAUGCCCAGAUUGCGGGCGGCGCUUUGGGGCCUUCUCCAAUCUCCUGCGGCACCAACGGGCACACGUGGGCGAGAAGCCCUACCAGUGCCCUGACUGCGGGAAGGGCUUUGGGCACAGCUCAGCCCUGGUGACCCACCGGCGCAUCCACACAGGGGAGAAGCCCUACCGCUGCCCCGACUGCGGCAAGCGCUUCAACGUGGUCUCCAAUCUGGUCCGCCACCAGCGGAGCCACACAGGGGAGAAGCCCUACACGUGCCCCGACUGUGGGCGGCGCUGCAGCCAGCGUUCCCACCUUGUCACCCACCGGCGGCUGCACACAGGCGAGCGCCCCUAUGCCUGCCGGGACUGCGGCAAGAGCUUCAAUGUCAGUUCCGACCUCAUCAAGCACCGGCGCACCCACACUGGGGAGCGCCCCUAUGCAUGUGGGGACUGCGGCCGGCGCUUUAGCGGCAGCUCCAACCUCAUCACUCACCAGCGCCUGCACACGGGCGAGCGCCCCUAUGUGUGCCCCGACUGUGGCAAGGGCUUCACCAUCAGCUCCAAGCUCAUUGCCCACCAGCGCACGCACACUGGAGAGCGCCCCUACGCAUGCACAGACUGCGGCCGGGGCUUCAGCGACCGGCCCCACCUGGUGCGGCACCAGAGCACCGCCCGCCGGGAGAAGCGCUACACAUGCUCAGACUGCGGGAAGGGCUUCACCACCAGCUCCUACCUGCUCACCCACCAGCGCAGUCACACGGGUGAGACGCCCUUCAUUUGUGGGGACUGUGGGAAGAGCUUCGCUGUGGUCUCUAACCUGGUGCGGCACCGGCGAGUCCACACGGGGGAGAAACCCUUCCGGUGCGGGGAAUGUGGGCGGCAGUACAGCCAGCGGGCUCACCUUACCACCCACCAGCGCGUCCAUACCGGCGAGCGCCCCUACGUCUGCCUGGACUGCGGGAAGGGCUUCAAUGUCAACUCCUCCCUCACUAAGCACCGGCGUGUCCACACCGGAGAGAAGCCUUAUGUCUGCCCAGACUGUGGCAAGCGCUUCAGCCAGAGCUCCAAUGUCAUCACCCACCGCCGCCUGCACCAUGGGGAGGACACCCAGCAUGCCCUGGACCAGACCCGGCAGCAGGAGUGAGGCCCAGGCAGAGCCAGGAGAAGAAUGAAUCCUGUUCCAGAGGUUUGCAUCUGUUCAGGAUGGCGCAGGAACAAGGGAAAGGAUUUCACUUGGCCAGCGCUAGUUUUGGUGCCAAAGUCUAGAAUUCUUGACUCUGCAGGGAGCUGGUCAGCUGCAGAUGCAUCUGUUUAGGCUCCCCUGCCUCCUGGUAAUCAGAGAGAGAGAGAGCGAGAGAGAGAGAUUGCCCUCACUGCCACCACCGCCACCAGUGCUUCCAUCCCCCUGGAGUUACGACUGCCCAUUCCUCAUGGCGCCCACCUUAUCCCUCCCCUCCUGCUGGGGGAACAAAGAGCUCCAUGCUCCUCCCCUCCAGACAUGUUUCUGCAAUCACUUUUGCUCCCCAACUUCUUGCCACGUCUGGGUCACUUCCCAUCACGUUAAUAAAACUCCUGCCCCCCACAGGCAAC